AUGUUUUGCUUUUUAUCCUUCUUCACUGCUAGUAUUCGAAACAAAAGAAUGAAGCUUGAAAGAAGUAGAUUUGGAAAUUGCACAUAUCUGGAUCAAGACUAUUUAGAUACGGUUGAUCUCUAUGGAUUGACAAUUAAAGCUGGUGAAUGCUAUGAAUUAAUGUUCUAUUCAUAUGCUGCUGCUGGUGAUUCAGAUUUUGAAGUUGAUUUAUACAAAUUAACGGGAACUCAAACGCCAUAUAAAACUGUAAAGAAUCCAAUAUACAUAAAUAAUCCAUAUAUGGUACUUUUAGAGGAAGAAAAUGAACCUGAUGCUGCAUUUUGGGCAAGUGUUAGAUGCGCUGACAAAGAUAAAGAAUGCAAAGUCCAAUUUAUCCCUCAAGUAUAUAUAUCUUAUUUAGCGGAAGAAAAAGAUUAUAACGCUGAAAUAUAUCUUACUUCCGCCAAGAGCGGCAAAAUAGAAAAAAGCGCUAAGAAUUCAACAAUUGUUGAAUUUUUCAUAUCGAAGAACACAUAUAAAAUUGUUAGUGAGCCAAAAGAUAAGGUGAAUUUUUAUAAAUUCGAUAGGUAUGCAGUUCAAGAUACACCAAUUGAAAACAAUGAAAUCGAAUUCACUGGUUUUGCUACAACAUAUGGCAGACCGAAAUCAGAAGAGGAAAUGGUUUUAACAUUUACUUACGAAACUACAAAAGAAGGCGAUAAGCUAUUGUUCCCUGAGGUUACUGGCUGGAUUCCUCAAAGGGCCGAUGCUUUCACAAUUGAUGAUCUCAAAAAUGAAGAUUCUUCUAAGGAUGAGGAACCUUCCAAGAAGAAGCUAUCAGGUGGUGCAAUUGCAGGUAUUGUAAUUGCAUGUGUUGUUGUUGGAGCUGUUGUUGGUGUUCUUGUAUGGUUCUUUGUUUGCAAGGGAUCUUCCAAAGUUGCCCCAGCUCCUUAA